AGCCGGAGCCGGGGCGGUUCUGGGCGGCUGCUGCCGGGGGCGCUCGAGUUGCCGGCGCCACCCGCCCUCCGCCGCCUGUCGGCCGACCUGCCCACCCACCGUUCCUCCCCGCCCUGCCGCCUUGGGAACUCCCAGACCGUCUCCGCGGCCCCAGGACUCGCUCUCUCCUCCCUCCUUCCCACUUGGGCUAGGGCGGCGACGGCGGCGGCAGCGGGGGCGGCAGAGACCAUCACGGGAGGAGGCAGCUGCGGCGGAGCCGAAUCCUAAUGCACCUGGCUGACUGGUGGUGAGCAGGGGCUUUGGGGCCAACGUGGUGGGCUCCCCAAGGAAACCCCUUUGAAACCAAUGGAUGCAUUCACGGGCUCGGGUCUCAAGAGGAAGUUUGAUGAUGUGGAUGUGGGUUCAUCAGUUUCCAACUCCGAUGAUGAGAUCUCCAGCAGUGACAGCGCUGAUAGCUGCGACAGCCUCAAUCCUCCCACAGCUGCCAGCUUCACACCCACAUCCAUCCUGAAGCGGCAGAAGCAGCUGCGGAGGAAGAAUGUGCGCUUUGACCAGGUGACUGUGUACUACUUUGCCCGGCGCCAGGGUUUCACCAGCGUGCCCAGCCAGGGCGGCAGCUCUCUGGGCAUGGCCCAGCGCCAUAACUCUGUACGCAGCUACACGCUCUGUGAGUUUGCUCAGGAGCAGGAGGUGAACCAUCGGGAGAUUCUUCGUGAACACCUGAAGGAGGAGAAACUCCACGCCAAGAAGAUGAAGCUGACCAAGAACGGGACAGUGGAGUCGGUGGAGGCCGACUGCCUGACAUUGGAUGAUGUUUCAGAUGAAGAUAUUGAUGUGGAAAACGUGGAGGUGGAUGAUUACUUCUUCCUGCAGCUCUCGCCCACCAAACGGCGACGGGCCCUGCUGAGGGCUUCUGGGGUCCACCGCAUUGAUGCUGAAGAGAAGCAAGAACUUCGAGCUCGACUGUCACGGGAAGAGUGUGGUUGUGACUGGCGACUGUACUGUGACCCGGAAGCCUGUGCCUGGAGCCAGGCUGGGAUUAAAUGCCAGGUGGACCGCAUGUCCUUUCCAUGUGGCUGCUCCCGGGACGGCUGUGGGAACAUGGCUGGGCGCAUUGAAUUCAACCCAAUCCGGGUCCGGACUCAUUACCUCCACACCAUCAUGAAGCUGGAGCUGGAGAGCAAGCGGCAGGUGAGCCGCCCACCAGCCCCAGACGAGGAGCCCUCCCCUGCUGCCAGCUGCAGCCUGGCGGCAGCACAGGGCUCAGAGACACAGGACUUCCAGGAGUUCAUCGCUGAGAAUGAGACGGCGGUGCUGCACCUGCAGAGUGCGGAGGAGCUGGAGCGGCUCCAGGCGGAGGAGGACUCGAGCGGCUCCAGUGCCAGCCUGGACUCCAGCAUAGAGAGCCUGGGCGUGUGCAUCCUGGAGGAGCCCCUGGCUGUUCCCGAAGAGCUGUGCCCAGGCCUGGCAGCCCCCAUCCUCAUCCAGGCUCAGCUGCCCCCAGGCUCCUCCGUGCUGUGUUUUGCCGAGAACUCGGACCAGCCGACUGCCUCAGCUGUGAACAACCCAUCCUACUUGAACAGUGGGCCCCUGGUCUACUACCAGGUGGAGCAGAGGCCAGUCCUGGGGGUGAAAGGAGAGCCUGGUACGGAAGAAGUCCCACCGUCGUUCCCCAAGGAGAAGGACCUGAGUGUCUUCUCUCUCCCGGUUACCUCACUGGUGGCUUGUGGCCCCACAGACCCGGCUGCCCUCUGUAAGUCAGAGGUGGGGAAAACAUCCACGCUAGAAGCGCUAGUGCCCGAAGAUCGUAACCCCGAGGAGCCUGAGGAUGAAGACUUCCGCCCCUCUUGGUCCCCCUCAAAGCUCCCCUUGCGCACGGACAAUGAAGAGGGCUGUGUGGUGGAGAAGACUGCACAGCAGAGUGAGGCCCGGCCCCCUGAAGAGCCUUCCCUGGAGCUCCCUCUGGCAGUGUGACACGGGGAUGGAGAUUAUGCCUCUUACCCAUUCUCUAUUUAUUCCCUUAUUUUAUCUAACACCAUUUCAAAAACAAAACUGUAGAAGCAGCUGCUGCUCCCAUGUUAUUUUAUUGGGGUCUUUGGGGUACGGGUGGGAAAGGAUUGUUUGUACAAGUAUUUUUUAAAGGGCCAAGAGAACCAAGGAGACCAGCCUCAGCUCGAUCUGGGGAUAGAGUCUUGGGGCAGAGGAGGCUGCAUACUGAGCUUUCUGGGCCGUUGGAACAGCACUACGAUCUCACAGGAGAAGCUGGGUAAUUCAAACAGCUGUUCACGUAGGGACCAGAACACAACAAUUGGAACAGCAUGACAGAGCCCCUUCCCUCUCCUGAGCUCCAGGCAGGGAACAAGCUCAUUUUCCUCAGUGGUUACUCUGAUGUCCCACUUUGGUGUAUCAUAAUAAUACAGUUGGAAUCAUCAGCUGGUUGAGUCUAGAGAGGAGGGGGUGAAAGGGUCUCUGCUUCUGUACAAAACAUCCAGGAUCUAUAAAAAUUUAACCUGCGUUCCCUGGGCCCCUAUUUGGUAAAUAAGUUAAUAUUUGACAUGUUUGGUGUUCUCUGACCUGUUCCCCACACUGGGGAUUCCUGGUCUUAACUUGAAUUGUUUCUUUCACAUGUUCUUAGGUACUAGAGUUAAACUGGUCUUUUUUUUUUUACCCCUCUGUCCUUUUUCCUUUGAAGGGAAAGAGCUAGAUUGGCUGGGGACGUGGCAUCAAGAGCCUGAGUCUUCUGUAUAUGUCUAACCCCAGCUCCAUCAGGCAGCUUUAGUCUGGGGCUCACACAUCCCAUGGGAGGCCUAUAUGGAGCAUUAACCUGUGUCCAAAGGAGGCAGCAGGAACAGGCUGCUGUCUGGAAAGAUGACUUUGUGCCAUGCUUGCUUUUUGUCCCCCCACCCCAAUUUGAGAAAUUUGAGCUUUAAAGGAAUGUAGGAUGUGGCAAGUUCACCAACUAGUUUUUGUUUCCUUUUUGUAUCUGCCCUCGUGGUCCCUCUUGGAUAUACAGGGUUAGAGUUCUUAUACUAUAUUCUUAUACUGUUCACCCCCAAUAACUGCAAAUGCUUAUUGGAUCCCUCCCAUCUUGAUAUAUAAAGAUUGGAAGCCAAACCAGUUCUUAAAUGCUACAUACAACUUCCAGGUUCUGAAGAAGUCAAGUUCUGACUGUAACCUUUGAGGUCUAUAGAGUGGGACUCAGAUUCAGUUUGUACCUGAAUUAGGGGGGGAUACAGUUCCUGUUCUCUUAUGUCCUGCUUACGUUCCAGGAUGUCCUCCAUUGAACACCACUGAAUUCUUUUUUACUAGCAAAGUUAUCUUUGCCUGUUUUAUUUCAUUCUUUUUUUAUGGCCUCUGUUUGAAGAGGGAGGCAGUAGGGAGCAAAACACUCUUCUUUAGCAUCCUUUACACCAUGCUUCAUUACUGCUAUGGUUUAUUAACCAGGAAAAAAAAAAGUAAAGAACUUUUUUUUUUGGUGGAGGAGAUUAACUGUUCCUACUUAUCUUGCUCAUAAAGCCUUUUCUUGUGGGAUCUUAAGGCCCUGGUGUCUGAAAGCAACCUUCAUGUACAUCGCAGCAGCAUUUCACCUAUCAAACCUAAACUGAGCCUGAAAGGCCUCAUAUUUAACACAGAUACAUCUUUUAACGCGUUCUGCCUCUCCUGUUCCUGUUUUUGCUGGGUUUUACAGGGGAGUAAAAUAAGUCAUAGGGGAGUUAAUAAGUCAUAGGCCCUUAUCUCUCCCCAUCCUCUAGUCUCACGAAAUGGAGUUGAGAGUCUGAAGUACCUGAGAUCUAGGUGCUAUCCCGAACUGAGCUACACUCUGCCACCUUAGACUGGUCCCCUCAGAUACAAGACUGAAGUUUAAUUGGGAAUUUGGAGAAGAAUCUUUCUAGAAGUUUGUGUUGGAAGGUGAAGGUGAGUGUUAUACAUUCCCUGCUUAGGAAGGCUCCAGCCUAAGCUAGGGAGUGGAUCUCACCUGUUCAGUAAGACACACAUUUGGGAUCAAACCAAGAAUUUGCAUCUAACUAGACUCAUUGCCAACCUCCAAGAUAAUUUGAUUUUUCUGAAAAACUAGUUUCUUAAUAUAAGUCCAUCCCUUCAUUAACUCUGCAAUUCUGACUCACCUAUCCCAAGCUUUUAAAUGCUAAAUAUUAACGUUUAGCAUUAACUGUCUUGUCAAGCAAAGGGCCUCUUCUACAAACCUGAUCCAUCUCGUUUCUGGUGCUACCUGAGUCGGACAGAAUUAUAGCUCAUGGUUGCUAGAAAGGCUAGGCCUCUGAUCACAGAGGCAGAGAGCUUCAGUCCCGCUUAGUCUAGGCCUAGAUAAAAAACUGAUUAUUACAACGCUUAAUUAUUUUCCAAUUUCCUUUCUCACAUACUGUACACAGGUAGUAUUUUCAAUGUGAAUCCAAAGCUUGUCUGGUUCUCUGAAAAAAAAAUUUUUUUUUUUUUUUUUUUUUUUUGCCUUUUAGGUCCUUUACAUUGUGAUAAUGCUGUAUUUAAAGAGAAUAUUUAAAUGUAAUAUUAAAGAAAUAUUCAAAAGAAUGGUGUGUUAUUCUUUAUCUUGGCAGACCACAAGUCAGUUACUUGUUAGAGAAAAGAUGCUUCUCUAGCAUUGUAUAUAAAACCAAUUAGGUCAGUUAAGGAUUAAUGUUAACAAUAGGAAGUUUUAUGGUGGAAAAAUAGAACAUUCUUUGGAGCAUCAAGAGCUUGACUUGCAUCAUAUGCCCUAACAUACCUUUUCAGCUGAAGCAGGCCUUGAUCUGCCCUGCUGGAGCUUUUCCCACCUCAGUCCCUACUCUUGGGGCCCACUUUGUAACUCCAUUACUUUAUAUAUAUAUAUAUAUAUAUAUGUAUAUGAAAUUCGCUAUUCCUGGUUACCAUCUUAAAAUCCAGCAAGAGGAUCAACUUCAAAUUAGCUCCUUUGUCAUUUCCAUCCCAUCAGAAGGUUCUAUUCCAACCAGUUAUCUCGCCAUUAGUUAGCUUAUGUCAGUCAGUCUUGUAAAAGGAGCCUUAGUAAAAUGAUUAGGGUAUGCAUAAGUAAUUUCCAGCAACUGGUUUCAGGCAAUCUUUACUUGAGCUUAAAAACAGUGCUUCAUGCGUUUACAAUAAGUUACUACAGGUCACUGAUACACACAGACAAAAGCUGAACCCAACUUACUAUCUCAAAGUAGACCUCGCCUGGUCUCCGGGGCUGGGCAGUAAUUAGUACCUUACAGGAUUGAUCCAUGGCCCAAAGAAGGCAGCCACUGUCAGCUACAGUUGGAUCGCUGCAACACAGUGGAAGUAGCAAAGAGUUUAAGAUCCACAGGGGCUGUAGCCCAGUCCAGAAAUUGAGAGGGAGGGGAAGGCUGUAAACACUUGAGUCAAGAAGCGCUUGUAUUUCCUUUUAUCUUUCCAUUAGAAUGUUCCCAUAAGUUAUUUACUUAACAAAAAAAAAAAAAA